AUGCAUAUUCCACAGGAGAGUAGUUUAUUCUCCUUCUUCUCUGACUUAGACACAUCAGAACAGAAACACUCAGUAAUUGGUAGGACAGGCAGUUCAUUAGGAGUACUUGCUAAAAGAUUCUUAAGAUUAUUAAAAGACUCACCAGAAUAUGAAUUAGAUCUGAAUUAUGCCGCAUCAGCACUAGAAACCCAUAAAAGAAGACUGUAUGAUAUAACAAAUGUAUUAGAAGGAGUGGGUUAUAUAAAGAAGAAAUUAAAGAAUAGCAUACAGUACAUAAAAGAUAAAGAGAAUAAUAAAUGUAUAAGCUGUGGUGGUAUAUCACUAACCACAGGAAGAGAGACAGAAGAAGUCAAGGAGUUAUUACGUAUAGAAAGAGAGAUAGAUGAACAAUUAAACCAAGUAAACACAGAACUACAAAUACUAGCAAACCAUGAAGAGAAUAUUAAUAGAGCAUAUGUAACAUAUACAGACUUAAAGGAAUUAGACAACUCAGUAGAAUCAUCAUUAUUUGCCAUUAAAACACCACCAGGUACAUUUCUUGACUUUCCCACUUCUAAUAACCCAGAAGAAACCAUCCUUACACUCACAUCACCAAAUGAGAAGAUCAAUGUAUAUUACUUACAAGAUACAAUUGAUUCUAUUACUAAUUAA